AUGCCGAUGGCUUCUUCUUCUAUCAACCAAGUUGAACCGACGAUCGACAGCUUUUUGGCUUGUUGGACACUCCUGUCGGCACGCGUCGUCGUCGUCACCGGGGAGGCCGCGGCCAGCAACGAGCAUUUGCUUCAGCAACUGGACUUCUGGCGAGAGAAGGACAUCGACGUGCAGCUGAGGAAGCUGGAUGAGUCGGGCGAUGAAGACACGGAGGCUGCGCCGAACACAGAUGAUGCCAAUGUGCAUGCAGCUGAGGGCUAUGAACAGACUCCCAAGAGCACAGGACUGUGCAGCUCAAAGGGCCGCCAUCCAGGUGCGGUCACUCCGUGUGCACGCCACGGUGCGGUCCCGUACGGUGCCACGGCGGAGGUGCUGGAGGCGUCGCUGGCGGAGCUCAUGCGAAGCUCUGAAGAGAUGAUGGGCCGAGUGGACGAGCAACAUCGACACGAGCGGGAGUUGGCUGCGAAGCUUGAAGCCGUGGAGGCGCUCUCUGCGGCACAAGCGCGUGAGGAAGGGCUACUGCGCCGGAAGCUGGAGGAAGCACGUGCACCGGCACUCGACGCACCGCGCCUCGCUCCAGCUGCUUCGUCCGACUCGGAGCACCGACGCUCAGAGCUCACCCAGCUGAAAGCGCAGGACGUGGUCGAAGACUUGCGCCGAUGUGCCGCGGAGUGGUCACAAGAGAAUUCUUCCAUGGAGGCUCGGCUGGGACGGCUGCGUGAGAAGGCGGCAGAGGAUCUGGAGCGCGCCGUGCGCACACGGCUUUUCUCCCCCAAUGGGCGGCUGGUGACGCUGUUGGUCAAGUCGACGUGCUUGCGAAGAUCCUUCGCCUUGCAUUUGCUGGCCACGUGCAAACGCGAUCGCGGGGGCGUACUUGAAGUGAAUAAGACUUGGCUUGCGAUACAGAUCGAUUCAGAUGUGCUGUGUCAUGACGGCAAUUUCCGGCAUUUCUUUUGCAUUUGGGCUCGAGACCAGCACGGCUUGGGCACUCCAGCAAUGUCGAAGUGUGCUCCCCAGACUCGGGAGAGAGAACAUCACCGCGAGGGGGAGAGCGAAGGGGUGAACAUCAAAGGGUUUGCGUUUUCAGAGAUCACCGGAGCGGUGAUUUUGAUUGGCCCUUGGGGCAUACUGGCGAGUGUGGAAGCUGCAAUGACCUACAUGCUGAAGCAUGGGGGAUACUGGUGGGAUGAACGAUGCUUCGUUCUGAAAGUCAUGAGCAAGUUCAUGGCAGGGAUGUUUGGAUUCUUUGCGAUUGGAGUGGCCCUUUCCCAUGUUUUUCGCUUCACCACAGCCUCCUUGGCAGGGAGCCGCAACACCGAGUUCCUGAAGCUCGUGGAGCGAACAGAGGGUGCCUUUCAGUCUGGAGAUGACACUGCCGUGGAGGACAGUGAACAACCCGGCACCGUCGAAGACGUAUCCUGCGACGGAGCGGCGACGGACAGCACGGAGGAAGUGAGACGAAUCCUGGCAGAAGUUCGAGUUCAGUACGAUCAAGUGCACCUGGAGUCCGAGCGCCGGGAGGCUGAGAUUGCGAAGCUGCGCGAGCAGAUUCGCGUGGCUGACCGGAGCCAUGGUUACGGAGCAGAUGAGUCCACCAAGAAGGAGGACUCCUGCCACGCAAUCAACAAGCAGUUCGAAGAGACCACCAGGGCCUUGGUGGAAGCCAAGACAUCAAAGAAGGUCUACACUCACAUGUGUGAGAGGAUUACAAAAGAACAGGCGCUCUUGAAGGAGAAGCUCCUUUUAAUGGAGGCGCACCUGCAGAGAAAGUCGGCCGAAUCACAAAGGAAGGUUGCUGUUCAGGAACGUCUCGUGCGCAAAGGAGCUCAAUGUUCCCAGGACUUGGACAUUUUAGAACAAGAUGUGGAACACGAACGAGUGGUACGCGAAGAUGCCUUGGCAAAGAUGGCAUCCUGUCUACAGGCCAAGAUCGAAGCGGGCGAGCGCCGCAAGAAGUUUGAGGAGUGGCGUCACGAGGCGAGGGACGAGAGAGUUCCGGAGUUCCAGGAGUUCGCGGCCGGCCCCACGCGGAGUUCCGGUCGGGAAACCGAUGACGUGGACCGGAACAGGGGGGAAGGUGAUGGGGUGGCACUGGAUGCGGCGAACGAAGCCUUCAACGCCUCCGCCGGCCGCCUGCGCAAGCUCUACGCGGUUGAGAAGCUCGCCGGCAAUUGCCUUCAAAAGGUGACCUUCGAGCAGGUGGAGAGAUCUCAAAAUACCGAGGACGGGUUUCAGAAGAUCAGAGAGGUCACUGGUCUUGCAGACGUCAUGGACAUUGUGCACAAGUUCCUGAACCGAGACGUCGAGCACGAGCAGCUCAAGAGCUCCGUGAAGGAAGCGGAGAUGCGCUUGGAUACCUUGCGGGAGCAGUUUGAGCGCUUCAAGCGAGACACCGAUGGCAUCACCUUCGACACCGACACCUCGGGCAAGUCGAGGGCGAUCUACCUCGAGGUGGAGGAGCACGAGGCGAAGCUCAAUCUUUGCCAGAAGGAGCACGAGCAGAGCCGUGACAAGCUCCAACAGAGCACUUUGCAGGUGGAGCAUAUGAAGCGAUGGGCGAAUCGCAUGGGCCGCUCCCUCUCCAUGUUCGAGGACUGUGUUCGUGUGGAAAAGCCUUCGGACCUUCCUGUGUUUUACCAACAAAUGCAGAGAGCUGUGGACAAAUUUAUUGCCCACAUUGUGCAGCAGAUCUCGUCCGGUAAGGCACGAGCGUCGUGUGCGGUUGCGACAGGAGACUGA